AUGAAACACAAAAAAAAACAUAUAAAGCUAAAACCAAAAAAAUAAUCUUAAUUUCUAAAUAGAAAAAUGAUCAAAAAAAUUGAGAAUUACGAUGAAUAAAUAAAAGAAAAUUGUGAAUUAAAAUUAAAUAUGAUUUCGAAAAACAAUUAAGAAAUUACUUAAUUGAAAAAUUAAAUGAAGAAAUCUGAGUUAGAACCUAUAGGGUUAAUAAAUUUAAGUUUGGAAAAAUCAAUUAAUAUCUUAAGAAUUAAAUCUUGGAUAGAGAUUUAUUUGGGAUUAGAAGUUAAAAUACUUAAUAUAUAAUUAGCAUUGUAUUAUGAAAACAAUGAUUUUUAUAUAAUUGAUAUAGAUAAGAAUGAAAAUUAUAAAUUAAAAAAAGACAAUAAAGAUAUUAUUAAUGUUUUCAGUAUUUUUGAAGUAAUGAGAUAGGUGAAACCAAAAAAUAUUUCAUCUUUAAUAGCAAUAGUUGAUUAAGAUAUUUAUGAUCCUUUUUAACCAGAAGCAAAUAUUGUAGGAAGAGCAGGAAAUAAAAAAGUAUGUGUUGUAUAGGUUUAAACAGAAGUGGAUGUUUUUUACAGUACUAUAGUCCAUGAAUUAUUGCACACUCUAGGUUUUGGUCAUUGUAAUUACUAAGAUUGCCUCAUGUAUGCUAAUAUUAGUACAAGUAUGCAAUUAUGUCAAAAACAUUUAAAAUAAUUAUCUCACUUAAAAAAAAUAGAGGAAUUAAAAAGAUAUAAAGAACUUUUAGAAAUUUCAAGAACUAUUGGUUUGAAUAAAGAAUGUAAAAUUUUAGAAAAAUUAAUUGAAAAUUUUGAAACUCCAACAAAAUCUAAAGAAAAUGUAUUGUUAUGA